GGUGGAAAUGUUGGAGUUGGGGAGGGUCGACUUUGAGGUGACAUUGACGCUAUGUAGAUGAGAGUGAGGAUCCUGCGCUCCAUGUUACGUCCCUGCUCGCUUCAACUCAGACGGCGGCAGCUCCUUUCCCCGUCUUCUCUCCCCUCCUCUCUUUCAGCACCACUCCUUUCAGGACAGCACCUCGCUCUCAAAGACGCAUUUGUUCGCCAUCCUCCCCUCUCAGGAUCAUAUAUUGGCUCGCUGUCGUCGGAUGCAAAGUUUUCGCCCUGGUUUUAUUGUGUAAAAGUGCAAGGAAGUAACUUUUUUUAAAAUUCGGAUUUUUCCCAUCGGGGGAAAACAUUCUGGAAAAUAAAAGGAUUUUACUGUUCGCUGGACCACUGCUGAGCAGCUCCUGAUCACUCUCAAUACCCCGGCCAUUCGUCUCUGCUCGGCAGUCUUCUGGGAGCUGGGUGCACAAGACGGAGACGCUGUUUGCCUGGACCGGUGCUGAAGCCCCCUCCUCUCCCCUGGUCAGGACUAUCCGACACGCACAGUGACCAUGGCCACCAACGGGACCAAAGCCUCGGACGGACACGUCUUAACGGAGACGGUGAAUGACGCGCCCACAACCACGCCAAACGACAAACCCAAAACCUUGGUGGUGAAAGUGCAGAAGACGAAAAAUGAGUUACCCGAGAGAGAAACGUGGGGUGGAAAAUUUGACUUUCUUCUCUCUUGUGUCGGAUACGCAAUCGGACUCGGGAAUGUCUGGAGAUUUCCUUAUUUAUGUGGAAAAAACGGAGGAGGGGCCUUCUUGAUUCCCUACUUUUUGACCCUCAUAUUUGCUGGCAUGCCCCUGUUCUUUCUGGAGACGGCUCUUGGUCAGUACACUUCUAUUGGAGGGCUUGGAGUGUGGAAGCUGGCCCCCAUAUUCAAAGGUGUGGGUCUGGCUGCUGCUGUUCUCUCCUUCUGGUUAAAUAUCUAUUACAUUGUAAUCAUUUCCUGGGCUCUUUACUAUCUGUACAACUCCUUCACUACUGAGCUGCCAUGGUCGACUUGUGGCAAUCCCUGGAACACAGAGCGCUGCUUCACCAACUACAGCAUCCCAGACACCAGGAACCUCACCAGCGCUGUGGUGGAGUUCUGGGAACGCAACAUGCACCAGAUGACCGAUGGUCUGGAGAAGCCUGGGGAGCUCAGGGUCCCACUGGCUAUCACACUCGCCAUUGCAUGGGUGCUCGUCUAUUUCUGUAUCUGGAAGGGGGUCAGCUGGACUGGCAAAGUGGUGUACUUCUCUGCCACAUACCCUUACUUCAUGCUGUUCAUCCUGUUUUGCCGUGGCCUGAGUCUCCCCGGUGCAAUGGAUGGGAUCCUCUUCUAUAUCACACCAGACUUUGAGAAACUAAAGGAAUCUGAGGUGUGGCUGGAUGCUGCCACUCAGAUCUUCUUUUCCUAUGGACUGGGAUUAGGCUCUCUGAUUGCUCUUGGCAGCUAUAAUCCCUUCAAUAACAACGUAUACAGAGAUUCUAUCAUUGUCUGCUGCAUCAACUCCUUCACCAGCAUGUUCGCUGGCUUUGUCAUCUUCUCUAUCGUGGGAUUCAUGGCCAGUGUAACAAAGAGACCCAUCGCUGAUGUGGCAGCCUCAGGACCUGGUCUGGCCUUCUUGGCUUAUCCUGAGGCCGUGACCCAGCUGCCCAUCUCUCCUCUCUGGGCCAUUCUCUUCUUCUCCAUGUUGCUGAUGUUGGGAAUUGACAGCCAGUUCUGCACUGUGGAAGGCUUCAUCACCGCGCUGGUUGAUGAAUUCCCUCACGUUCUCCGAAAACGCAGAGAGAUCUUCAUUGCAAUCGUCUGCCUUAUUUCUUACAUCAUUGGCCUGUCCAACAUCACACAGGGUGGACUGUAUGUGUUCAAGCUAUUUGACUAUUACUCAGCCAGUGGAAUGUGCCUGCUCUUCCUGGUCUUCUUUGAGUGCAUCUCUAUUUCCUGGUUUUAUGGUGUGAACAAAUUCUAUGACAACAUUGAGGAAAUGGUUGGCUACAGGCCCUGCAUGUGGUGGAAGUGUUGCUGGGUGGUUUUCACUCCGCUCAUUGUGGCUGGAGUCUUCUUGUUCAGCGCCGUGCAAAUGGUUCCCCUCACCUUGGGCGAAUACGUGUUUCCAGCCUGGGGCCAGGGCGUCGGGUGGUGCAUGGCCCUCUCCUCCAUGACUCUCAUCCCCGGCUACAUGGUCUACAUGUUCCUCAGACUCAAAGGCACAUACAAAGAGCGUCUGCGGAUGAUGUUCAAGCCUGUGGUGCUGGCGAAGGCUCAGGAAAACGGCCCAGACCAGCAGACAGAAAACCAGAAUCAGAACCCUGCCAACGAGGAAGCCUACAUCUAGAAGCUUCUGCCUGUCUCUUUGUCUCGGCGGCCAGACUGGCGACCUAAACAGAAAAAGCAUAAUCAAGGUUGGGAACGACCACCAGACUUCCAUGUCUGCUUUUAUUCACCUACCUCCUGGGGACACGUGAGACCAACCUGAUUACACAGUUAUUUUUAGGGGUUUUUCUGUUUGUUUAUUUGUAUAAUACAGAGUUAUAAAACGUAUGAGGAAAAACAAACUACCCAGCAAAAUUGUUGUGAUAUUAUGAAUUUCAUUAUGCAAAAAAGUUAGUCUUUUUAGAAAAGGAAAUGUGACUUAGGAAAUUACUGUAUAUUGAAUAUAUAAUUUAAAUUUGGAGGCCCGCGUUGAUUCAAUAGUAUUGUGCUACUUUGAAGAUAUUAAUUAAUCUACUAAACUACAAUUACUGUACAAAGAAAAAUAUUGGUUAAAUGCAUUUUGCUUGUACAUGAAAUAAAUACAUUAAAAUGAAUGCAGUGUAGUAGGUGAAAAAAAUGCAAUUUGAAAGUUUGUAAAGUGAAAAUUGACCAAUUUAUGGCAAAGACAAUAUGGGAAUGUGCAACAGGUAAGGCCAAAUCUGCUUGUAUGUGUAAAAUAUUAUUUAGCCCGACUAUCACUCCCUUUGCAGGAUCCUGCAGUUCGCCUGAAAUGUUUACCACCCAUAUCUGGGGCUACCUUUGAAAAGCACAAGAACAGUAUGGAAUUUUGAAGCGUCCAACUUUUCUUUUUAUCGGCUCGAUUGAAACUUGCGACAACAGCAAAAAUAACUUACAUAGGAUACAUAGCAAGAGACUGUUAUAAUUGUUUCUUUGUUUUCUAAAGAACAAUAACUUUGUAUGUCGUCUGAAUCUUUUUUGUAGAAUCAUUUUUAGGUCGUUUUCUAUAUGUGAGAGUGAGAAGGACCAAAAUCAUACUCUUGUUUGAAAGAUUGGUGCAGACAGUUGACCCGCUGACUAUAUAUGGAUUAAAUCAAGCAUCUCCUCUUGUCUCUCAGAAGAGAGUACAGUAGCAAAAACAGCAUCCACCUACAAGCACAAUUUGGAUCUGUAAACUACCACCUCUAACAAUAAAGGAGUAGACAAUACAGAAAUCCCAUAUUUGCAUGUGUGUACAAUAUUUCAUCUUGAGAUUAUUAAGAAAACAUUGUUAAUUCUUCUCCUGAUUAUCAGUUACAGAAGUGGAGUUGUGUUGCAAUAAGCCAAUGCUUAUUCAGAUCUAUAUUUUAAGCUGUGAGAGUGAAUAAGCUGCAGUGGCUGCUGUGUUGGAGACCUUAAGAUGGAUUUCUAUGAUAGCUACCACUAUUCUGACUGAAACCGUUUACUUGUAUAUCUAUUUAGUAAUCCACUCCUCAGGAACAAAGGUGGACGUGACCAAAUUCUCUCAGAUACUACCAUUAUACAGUGAAACAAGUAAUGCUGUAUUUUAAAAAAAACACAACUAUCAUUCAAUUUUUGCCAUUUUAUCCCAUUAACCCAACAUGCUACCUUAAGGGGCAACAAAGCAUGAACACACAAACCAGUAAAUAUAAAUACAUAGUUGGGCACACUUGAAAAGCUGAUCCAAAUUGUUGCCUCUUUUCUGUGUGCGAUUCAGCUAGCAUCAUUUCUUUCAGUGUAAAUUAGUGCUCGAAACAGUCCAGUACUCACCAGUACUGAAUACCAUCAGUUCUGAUUUUUAUCCACAUGAGUACCCUUCUAAUUUUGUUUAACGGUAUUAUUAAUAGGCUGAUAUUUAUACCAAAAUAGACUACAUAGCAUGAUUUAUUUGGAGUAACCAAGAAAUUAUAUGACAAAUCAGACAUUCAGCACCCCCAUAGAGCCCAAAUGGAACAAACCUUUUGUUUUUUGACCACAUUUUCUUGCCACUGUGACAAUUUGACUGAUGUUGGCAGUCAAAUUAUGCUCCUUAGAUGCAACUGUGGACUAUUCAUCAUCACCCCUACAAGAUAUUAAUAUAAAUAUAUCCACAUGCUAUGAUUAUGCCAUGCAGCUGCUCAAUUAGGGUAGUGGGUGGCACCAUUUUUGGUCCAAUUCAGGCACUGGUGUAAAUGAAUUGUGAUGGCCUUCACAUAUUCAUUUAAGUAGAAGCCAUAGUGUGUUUCUAUCCUGAAUCGAGAGCAGGUUUCCAAUAUCAGACUCGGAGAGAGAAACUUUGGCUCGGUCAGAGGACAGAGCCGGCAAAAGCACUGUUAACUCAACAGGACAUAGCAAGAUGCUAUAAACUGUCGGCCAACACCACUGAAACUACUCCUUUUCAUAGGGUGAAGAAAAACCUAUUAUUACAUAUCACUUUUGCGUGGCAAUAUGAAAACAUAUAUGUAGAAACUGACUUUGAGACAGACCACAGUUAUCACUGUAUUACUAUGAAGGAGGAUCAAGAAAAUUUGCUUCUGUGGCAGCUACAUGCGACAGGAAUCAGGUCGAAUCAGUCCCGUUUAUUAUCGUUUAUCUAUGUUUUUCUUUUUCAAAGAUAUGUGAAUUAAAAUGUGCAAUGACAAAGGGUUCCGUGAAUUUUGUAUAAAGUUACCAUACUGCAGUUUUCUCUCUUGAACGAUGUUGUAAACUGGACUGUGUAAUACAUGUAUCUGUGAAUGUCCGUACAACCUGAGUUUUUCUUUUCUUUUGUCUAAA